AUGGAGCUGGAGAUGGAUAGUACUAUUUCUUACUCAAGAGCUGGCAUGGUGGCAGAAAGAUCAUUCUCGAGCAACAGCUUCAGCCUCAGUCAACCAAAUGAUCAUCGCUCCUCAAGGUUCAGAGGGGUAGUUUUGCUACACAGUGGCAACUGGGGUGCGCGGAUCUCCAUCCAAUACCAGCUUGUCUGGCUUGGGACAUUUCCGACUGCAGAGGAGGCAGCUAGAGCUUAUGAUACAGCAGCCCUCAAGCUCCAUAAAGGAGAUUCAUUCCUCAACUUCCCUUGGUCUGAUCAUAGCCCUCAAGAGAUCAUGUUCCAGAGCUAUUACUCCAUCGGUGAGAUUUUCAAAAUGAUUAAAGAUAAGUCUUACUCAUCCAACCUUGCAACUUUCAUUGCAGAUCAAUCAUUGAUAAUGAACUAUGCGAGUGACCCGAUGUGUGAACAAGGGAUCUCUUAUCAACUACUUUUUAAGAAGGCGCUAACUCCAAGAGAUGUUGCCAAGCACCCUAGGCUACUCAUCCCUAAGGAAUAUGCACUGAUGUACUUUCCGCCAAUCACAGGUGAUGUGGAAUCUGUCCAGUUAAUGUUCUAUGAUAAGGAUGGCAUUCCUUGGACUUUCCGAUAUUCUUGUUGGGAGAGCAAUCAGAGCUUUGUGUUUACAACUGGCUGGAAACAGUUUGUCAAUGCAAAAAGACUGAAAAGAGGAGAGACUAUCUCUUUUUAUAGAUGUGGAAUUGAAGAGGAGUUUGAAGAGAGUGCAUUUUUCAUGAUAGAUGUAGACCGUGGCGAUUGGGAAAGUGAUGCCAUUGGUGAGCAUAUGGGAGAGGAAAUCAGUGUGGGAGGAAACAGUAACAAUGGAAUGGAUGUUGAUGACAAGGAAAAAGAGGCAGCAGACAAAGGGUUUGUGCUAUUUGGUGUAAAACUUGGUUGA